AUGGAGCAAUGGUUGGACUCACUUUCGGAAGACUGGGUUUCGCAACCUCGAUCUCAGCAUUCGAGCUCAAUAUUUAAAGACUCACACUCCACUGAUAGCAAGGGUUCGCGCAGUCGCAUCCCUCGACCCACCUCACUGGGCUCGCUGAAUGCCGCCAACAAGGACCAAGUUGACCUAAUGCGAUCAACCUCGCAAAAGCCGACUGGAAGCCAGAGCAACGUCUUGAAAGUACGGACACCUUCACAGUUGAAUGCCUCUCGAACACAUACACCCGAUCGAUCGACCAAGUUCUCAGCAUCGAGGCUUGGGACAACGGCCAGCAAUGCCUCCAGGGCUGCUUCCGUCACGAAGCGUUCUACACCUCAAGGCACCGUGCAAUUGAAGAUAUCUCCUACAAAGAGUCAAAAAUCAAAUGCUACUCCAGAGUGGAGACGAAGGUUGGUCAACGGAAAAGAUGGAUCAAAUGAAGGGUCAGACUUGCUCAGCCCAAAACCCGUUGGGCUACAAGGCGUCUUCAAACCACCUACAAUGAAGGGAAAGGCGCAGCAUAGUGCUAUAAGCAAAAGGAAGAGUGCAAAAGACCUAAAAGAGCAAGGUUCGCAGCAAAAGCACCCUACAGGACUGAGGCAACCCCGAAGGAAAGAGGAGGCGGUCGAAAGCAGGGCAAACCCUACAUAUGAAGCUUCCUUGCCGAUGACUACUGUACAAAUGAGGCAAGACAUUUCGAUUGCGGAACAAGAUGUUAAGCAAAAGGGACAGGAACCAAGCCUCAAUGAUGCUAGUCUUAGCAAAAGUAACGACUUCAGUCCAGUACUUAUCUCAAAGCAAAACACAGCAGACGGGGGAAUUAAUUAUGAAGCAAUCGAUGACUCAAUGCAUCGCUUGAGGUCGAACAUGGAGCAAUUUCGAUUGGAACAUCAGAAGCGCUCAAGCACCCCAGUAAGCGAACCCGAGCGUCCUCGUUCAUCAAUGUCAUCUACUGGCCGAUUAAAUAACGGUCCUACGAGCUGUGAGGUAACCACUCAAUCGUUACCUGAUAACUUAUCGGUUGGGACCGAUGCUUUCACUGUUAACGGAGGCUUUGUGACUACUCGCCGAGGAGGUUACUCGCAGGAUGACUCUUUUCACCAAAAACCCCUAAGCCCAGGUUCAUCAUCUAUAAUGGCCAAUGUACACAACCCGCAGGGCAGAUCUCCAGGAGCCCAGCCAGCUGAAACCACCUAUACAGACACCGUGGCAAGAAAAGAGCCUUCUUCGCCACGGACACCUGCACGAAGAGAGCAGACCACACAAAGCAGUCCCGAGCGACCUCGGUCGUCAGGCAGCCCUUUGAAAAUUUUCGGCAAAUUUGACACCUUUACUAACGAGCGAUUGCUUCGCCGAAUGAGCAAAUUUGAGGAGGCAUUAAUCGAAGAUAAAGAUGCUGAUAGUAAUAUGGACAAUCACGAAACUUCAGAUGCAGCAGCUCGCAAGGCUGACGUGGAUAUUCUUCCUCAACGAGAUGGAUCAAAUUACCGCAAUGCAUCUAGAGUCAGUAGUUUUGGAGAUGGUGAGCUCGAUGAAUUCGUCUUCUCUGAUGCUCAACAAUUAGAGCCAUGCCUCCCUGAAUGGCCAAGUCCUCCUCGCCAAGAAGAGCGCCUGGUUUCCUAUUCGAGGCGAAUGCCUACAAAAGGAAAAGAUCACUCGAUCGUGAAUCGAGCACUCGAACCAGGCUGUGAAACCCAAAAGUCUCUUUCGCUUACCAACCACAGGACAAACGCAGAUCAAAUGAGUACAUCUGAGGACAAAGGAGAGGCCUCUCAAAAAUCUGAGGUUUCCUACUCUAUCAAUGGGAAGCGACUGCCACAGUCUCCUGCCAAGGAUCCAAUACCAAAACGCCGUCGGACAAUACAUAGUUCGGAAGAAAGACGCAUGGCACCCGAAGGCCCGAUUGAACAUUCCGGCCAAUCCUCAAAGCCAGUGGUAGGGCGAAAGCGGAAAGACGCACUUUAUGACAGCGAGCAACAAGCUGCCGAUCCAAAGUUGCUCGCAGCCAGGCAGAUUCGUCGUCCCAGAAAUCCUACGCCAAAUCAAGCUUCAUCAUCUGUAAUGGAAUCACCAUCUCGGAAAAACAAAGAGUUUUCAAACCUUCAACCUUACCAUGGUGCCAACGGAGCGAGUACAGGCGUUGAUCCACCUACUCAGAUAGUUGCGGGUGCUCUUGCCACUGUCGCUCUCAAUACUGCCCAGGACAUGACCCAUGGUUCUCGUAAAGCGUCUAUAGCUACCGCCGACUUUUUCAAUGAAGCCCAGCAAAUAAUGCGAUUAAUAAGGGCAGACAAGCGUCCUCAGAGCAGUCAUGACUCAGCAGACACCCCAGAUAUAGGUCAACAGACGAUCUACGAAGAAUCAGUCUUUCCCGAAUCAACAAGGGACAACUUUUCGCGCCCUCCAAGUCGUGAGGGGAGGUUGAAUCCAAACCAUACAGACCCACCAAAAUCAGACGCAAGGAUAGCUAGUCAGCUACGCAAGUUUGAAGAUGAAGACGAUCUUGGUCUAGCGCUCUCCUCAUCGCUCAAGUUAUUGAACGUAGGUCGCUCCAGGGUGGCGUCAGAUGCCUCUGUUGUACACAAUCACAUAGCAUUCGGCGAAGAAUACGAGAAUGAUCCGCCCAAUGCCAGGAUCAUUGACUCCCUAGGCUAUGUUCAACCAAAUGACCGUGAACUAAGCAGCAACAGCCAGAGAGAGUCUCAACGAUCGAAUGGAUCAACAAAGCAUUCGUUUCCCACGGGAUCAUCUGGAAGCUCGCGCAACCGUAUGGUCAUAGCUCCUGAAAAUGUUGCUCACUUACUCUCAGACCAGAUCGCUGGCAUGAUCUUCGACCGCAAGCGUCAGAUGUGGGUCAAACGCAAGGGUUCUGGGAGCUCUGAGGAGACUCACCAGGAUGAGGUCUCUCCUGAUCAGAGCGAGGAAGACUUAUUCGGUGACAUCCCAGAUCUCAGUGUUGAUGAGAUGGAAGAACUGCGAAGGGUGCAAAAUGGCAUGUCUACGAGUCAUGACACUGACCCUGCUGUGAAUGCAAUUGAACAACAGGACUAUGCGCCACGAACCUUAGCACCCUUUAAUUCGAAGAAUGAAAGCAACACUAUCGAAGAGGCUCGACCUAAGACUGCGGAUGGAAAAUCAAUACCAUCAAUGGAAGACAGUUCAGCGCGCUCGAGAUACUCACAUCUUGCAUCAAGUGGUCCUAUGCCAAGCACUCGUGCAACUUCUUGGGGAGAUGACUACUGGCCAUCGAAAACUCAAGCCUUCCAACCUCCGGAUCUAUCCGACGUAGAAGAGAGUGUUGGCCAAGCAAACGAAGAGGAGGUAGAGCACGAGAUCAGUAUACUUGAGGGACGGGUGACUAAGGCACCAAAUCAACAGGCAGAUAGAAAGCGUCAAGCACGAGUGGUCACUGUCGCCUUUUCAUCACCUCUCGUAGAUCAGAUGCAUUCACCGGACUUGCGCGAGAGUUGGGAUUCUGCGAGCCAGUCGUACUUGGGCGGGCUGUUAAGCGACCAACAACAAUAUUGUCCAAGCUCCAAGACCAAAAGGACAUCCAUGGGCCUUCUUCAAAGACCCUCUAAACACACCCGUGCUCGGAAAGGGUCUGUGGCUGAGCAUGCUAGGCCAAUGUCCCGGGUUGAAGAAGGAGACGAAAAGUCCCUAGUUAGAUUUUCGGAAAGAGAUAUCCGUCCCCUUGACCUUGCCAUCUCGACUCCGUUGCCCCUUGGAAGAAGCCUCUUGGUACCUCCGGCAACAGGUUCGUCAAGCUUAGGCUUUCAGCUCAGUUCUUUACCUGACUUCACGGUCCACCAAAUAGACAGGCCCGUCGAUGCGCGACUUGACGCCGUUGCUGAAAGCAUCGAUUCAAGAUCGCUUGCCGUGACCACAAAUCAUCUUUCCCUUACUGCACGAGACCUCGUCAAGCAUUUGACGGACAUCGAGCCUUACGAGCCGUAUUGGGAAUUCGUGCGCAGCAUUGACCUUCCGAAUCGGGCGUUAACAUCCCUCCACAUGCUUGAUGAAUUCUGUGAAAACAUCGGGGAGCUGAAUGUCGCAAACAAUCAGAUAGAGGACUUGAAUGGCAUCCCCUCUGGUGUUCGUCUACUUGACAUUACUCACAACCACCUAACGGAUUUCUCGGCUUGGCAUUUGCUGCAGAACCUGCAGUAUCUAGACGCGUCUGGCAACAAUCUAUCAUCGCUUCAAGGCCUCUUUCGUUCAUUGCAUCUGCGCGUCUUGAAAGCUGACAACAACGCCAUCGAUUCUCUCUCUGGGCUUGAAGACUUGGACAGCCUCUUGAGUGUGAGACUCCGCGGUAACAAGUUGACUAAUGUCGGCUUUGAUGACUAUGAUCUGAGACGGCUUAUAGACCUCAAUUUGAGCUGCAACAACAUAUUCGAAAUACACGGUGUCAACAAGCUAGCUUCCAUCAAGACGCUGAAUCUCAGUGAGAACAAGCUUGAGGACUUCACAAGCUCAAGCGAGCUGCCUUACCUAGAAGGCCUAAAUCUCGCGGAUAACAGACUCUCCUCCAUUGACAUUGCCCAGGCUCCAAAGCUCAACAGACUCGUUCUUGAUCGCAAUGCCAUCCAAUGCAUUGACGGCACUAAAGUAGCUCCGCACCUACACCACCUUUCGUGGCGCGAGCAACAAUUACCAGCCCACACAACAAUCAACUACCAAUGCCUUCAGGAAACUCACCACCUUUACCUCUCGGGCAAUACAAUCUCGUCCUUCGCCCCCACAAACUCUUUCCUCAAUCUUCGCACUCUUGAACUAGCCUCUUGCGGUCUCCAAACUCUGUCCUCCGACUUUGGUCAGAAAUGCCCAAACUUGCGCUGCGUAAACAUGAACUUCAACGCCCUGCGCGACUUAGAGCCAUUCCUCGGCAUCACGAAGCUGCAAAAGCUGUACCUUGUUGGCAACCGGAUAACGCGGCUUAGACGCAACGUAGCUAUAUUGAGCCGGCUGGGCGCUGAAGUAAGCGAACUAGAUUUGAGAAACAACCCACUGACAGUGGGCUUCUACACCCCCGCACCCAACCACAGCUCGAAAGACGAAGGUGCAACCAACGACCAAGGCGAGAGACGACUUGUGCUGCAGAACCAUCAUCACGCCCACAAAUCAUUCGAAGCAGACAGCAAAUCUUGGGAGGGUGAGAUUGCUGAGGGCGGGACGAAGUAUUACCUCCUUUCCCUCGACGCUGCGGAAGACACGCGGUUCAGAGAGCGACUAGAUGAGGAUACGAAGAUUAGAAGGAGGGUGUAUGAGAUGAUGCUCGUACGGGCCUCUAAGGGGUUGGAGCGAUUGGAUGGACUGGAGGUGGAUCGGGAGCGCGUGGCGGAAAGGGAUGGGAUUGCGGAACGAUUGAGGGAAUUAUGUGUUUUAGGAAUGAGAAGAGAGAGGGGAGAAGGGGGGUUCGUGGUAAGAAGUGAUGUUUCGUUGAGCAAGCGUGACUACCGAGACUUUUGGCGCUCCAUGAUGGGCCGCAAUGUGGAUGUGCCUUCGGGGUUUUUGGGCAACUUCUAG